UAAGACCUGGAAGUGAGUGCAGGCAAUCUGCUGCUGCUGCUGCUCCACAGUGUCCCUGAUCAGGAGGGUAAUUAGAAGAGAGCAGUGCCACCAUUCUCCUCCCAUCACUGAUAAAUGCUGGUUUUCUAGGAUGGAAAUGCAGUACGUAUACGGAAGCUAUUAGCACUCUAAUUGCUGUCUGUCACUAUGACAACAAGUCGCUGCAGUCACCUACCUGAGGUCUUACCAGACUGCACCAGCUCAGCACCCUCUGGAAAGACAGUAGAAGAUUGUCUCGUGAAUGGACAGCCACAGUAUGUCAUGCAAGUUUCAGCAAAGGACGGUCAGCUUCUGUCCACAGUAGUGCGGACUCUGACCACACAGAGCACUUUUAAUGAUCGCCCAAUGUGCAGGAUUUGUCAUGAAGGAAGUAAUCAAGAAGACCUUCUCUCCCCAUGUGAAUGUACUGGAACACUAGGGACAAUACACCGCAGCUGCCUAGAGCACUGGCUUUCAUCCUCCAACACAAGCUACUGUGAACUCUGUCACUUCAGGUUUUCUGUGGAGCGCAAGCCUAGACCAUUAGUAGAGUGGUUACGGAAUCCUGGCCCUCAACAUGAGAAGAGGACACUGUUUGGAGACAUGGUGUGCUUCUUAUUUAUAACUCCACUUGCCACCAUCUCAGGAUGGUUAUGUCUUCGAGGAGCGGUGGAUCACCUGCACUUCAGUAGCCGACUAGAAGCCGUUGGACUUAUUGCACUCACUGUUGCACUCUUUACAAUUUACCUCUUUUGGACACUUGUGUCAUUUAGAUACCACUGUAGAUUAUACAAUGAAUGGCGUCGGACCAAUCAGAGGGUUAUUCUGGUUAUCCCUAAAUCGAUCAAUUUACCUUCCAAUCAACAGUCAUUGCUGGGACUGCACUCUCUCAAACGAAAUUCAAAAGAGACUAUAGUGUGAGGAGAGACGCCCGGGACUUGCAGCAACAUGCACUGUAGCACUAUCUCUCCGCUAUCACUUGGACUUUAUUCACAGACUGUUAACCCCUAACUUGGAUAUGUAACCCUCGUUUCCUGGAGCAACAGAACCAGUUUUAAUUUAAGCAAUGAAUGCUGCAAUUAUGUAUUUGCUAACUUGCCAAUCCUGUUCAUAUAGCCGGUGGCAUCUUACAUACUCUUCUAUAAUACAGCAGCCUUUAACUUUUUAUUUUAUCUUAUGACAUUAAAGUUAAAAGUACAUUUUUGUACUCCAUUAUCCUUUCCCCUUAGUACAAUGUUUUUGCCUUGCACACAUAUAUACGCAAGGUCUUUGCAAUUAGAGCUUGUUUAUGAGUCAAUAUGGCAGGGAUGGCCAACCUGCGACUCUCCAGCUGUUGCAAAACUACAACUCCCAGCAUGCACUGACUACCACAGGGGGGAUGGUGGGAAUUGUAGUUUUACAACAGCUGGAGAGCCACAGGUUAGCCAUUCCUGCAAUAUGGUAGACAUUAUGGAAAUGCCUUUACAAUGUAGAGUCGCUUGCACACACCCGAGGCUUCUGGCUACACACAGACUUCUUCUUCAGUAGGAAAUGUCACAUGAUGGCUUCGGCAGUAUUUCUAUGGACUGCAUAUUGCACCCUGCAAAAUGUCUGCAUGUAGCUCCAUUCCAUCGUAUUGGUUAUGUCUUGCUUGGGCUGCAUUCACACUUGGGGGGCAUUUUUUUAUACAACCAAACAGACUGAAGCACAAAAUGUAUCUUUUUUUAAUUUGUUUUUCAAUCCAAUGGAAAGAAGAAAAAAACACUUUUCUCAUAGUUAGUAAUAAACAGAUUGAAGAUGAGAAAAUGUGAUGCAUUUUUCACAGUGUGUCCAAUCUGUCUUCAUGAAAAAAAGCUGGUUUAGGCCUCAUA